UGAAAAAGAUGUAAGGAACCACGACCCUAGACAAUUUUGCUGACUGCUAGUACAAACGGCUAGGGCCAAUUUUAAUGCCUGUCGUCCCCCUACAACCCUUCCAGACCAUCUUCUACCCAUUUUCCAGAACGCGUAAUCUAUUGAUUUAAAUCUAAAAAAUGUGUAAUUCUUUUCAAACAUAGAAAUCCCCCACGUGCUCAUUCACCGAGUUCGAAUCCAGACGAAGAUAACUUCACACGUAGUAAUUGAAAUGGUAUCCUGUUUUGUCAGCCGAUUCGCCGCCUAGCUUCUCAGUAGAGGGAUUGAAAGACUAGCGAAUAAGACUCUAGCUAAGAACAACGUGCCCAUGCAUUCGAUAGCGUCUCGCCAGGGUAGUCGGAUAAACACUCAGAGUCAAAGAAUCGCGACCUCCCUAAUGCGGGUUUUUUAUUACCUAUUUGCUUACGAAAAUAACUAACCCAGACUAUGCAAUCGAGGGAGGAUAGCUAAAAUCCUAGUUGUCGUACCUUGCCAUACAAGCCGCACGUGCAAGGUGUACCGAUACUAAAAUGGCAGCUAAAAUCAACCACAAGUUGUAUAUAAAUCUUAAGUAGUUAAUGCUUCAAUGGUAUUCUGCCGUGCUCCGUGUUGUUGUUAUUCGCUCGUUCUUAGACAUUGUUGACUUUGGGGUUAAUAAUCCACGAUGAAUUCGCUACUGACGACAGUCUCUAUUAUCGCUGGCGCCGUAGGUGCUGCGGCGAAGUGUGUACCACGUGCCCCUCAAGCUUCAACCGUAAACAAGACGACUUGCAACGGUAUAACUUACGAAUAUGAGGAAUUAGCCGGCUACGGAUACGUUGUCUCGGACGCGGUUGAUAAGUUCGGCGAUACCCUUGGCGGCUUGGGUUCAUCCCUACACCUAGAGCAGGGCGCUUGGAAGAAGCUGGAUAAUGGAAGCUAUUCGGGUGUGCUAUGGUCGCUGCCCGACCGAGGCUGGAACACUCAAGGGACAAUUAACUUCAACCCGCGAGUGCACAAAUUCAACAUCGUCUUUACUCCGCAACCCGAUGCGACUGCGGAUAAUCCAUCGGGUCAGAACCUGUAUUUCGAGUACCUGGAUACAAUACUCUUCUCCGGACCCGACGGGACGCCUUGCACGGGGCUAGACGCCGAUGCGACCGGGAAUAUCACAUUCCCCGGGUUUCCGGCUCUUCCCGUUACUACUUAUACCGGCGACGGCUUCGGCGGCGAUGGACCGGGCGGUAAACGUAUCCCGGUCGACUCGGAAGGACUUUGGGUGAAUGAAGACUCGAGCUUUUGGGUAUCUGAUGAAUACGGACCCUAUAUAUAUCUCUUCGGCCCCGAUGGAAAGAUGCUUAGCGCAAUCCGUCCCAAUGAUGCUAUCGUACCCGUGCGCAAUGAUACCACCUCAUUCUCUGCCAACAGCCCGCCGCACUACGUCGAUAACGGCGAGGGUGACGAUGUUGACCCGGCUGACCCCGACAGUGGCCGAGACAAUAACCACGGCUUUGAGGGUCUUAGUGUCUCAAAGGAUGGCAAGACAUUGUGGGUACUUUUGCAAGCUGCGGCUGUCCAGGAAGGUGGCCUAGACAAGCAGACCGAACGCUACACUCGUUUCCUCAAGUACGAUGUUUCGAACCGACUGGCCCCCGUUUACGCGGGGGAGUGGGUUGUGCCUCUUCCACUGUACGAUGACCCUACAGCGAAGAAAUCGAAAAAUCCCAAGGUAGCGGCACAAUCUGAGAUACUUGCCCUCGACAAUGGGCAGUUCUUCGUCUUAUCUAGGGACUCCAAUGCUGGGCAUGGUGCUGAGAGUACUCUUUCUGUCUACCGCCAGAUUGACGUCUUCGAUAUUACCGGCGCGACGGACAUCAAAGCUAACGGAGAUUACGACUGCGUUGGCUGCAAUAUCGCUAAGCCUAAGAAAGGAGAACUCAAGGAUGACAUUACACCUGCGACAUAUUGUAGCUUCCUCGACUUCAAUGUUAACUCGCAAUUGAACCGAUUCGGUAUACACAAUGGUGGCGAUCAAGAUUCAGCCCUUCUGAAUGAGAAAUGGGAAUCGCUCGGAUUGGUUCCGGUUAACCCCGAUUCCCCAGACGGAGAAUAUUAUGUCUUUAGUCUCAGCGAUAACGACUUCAUCACCCAGAACGGAUUCAUGAACGGAGGGAAAUUCCCUUACACCGACGAUAGCGGCUACAACCUUGAUAGCCAAGCUCUGGUGUUCAAGAUCCGAAUCUCGUCUUGAAAGGGCUUAUUUGGUAACAAAAUGUUAAUGUUACUGUCGCCGAUACUCGGUUAGGCGGUGAAAGAAUGGUGUAACAGAAUUGAAAUGUUUCGCAAACAUGGCAGCUAAUAGAUUUUGCAUCCCUUAGUAGCGACGAUACAGUGACGUAUGUACCUAUCUAAGGACCUGGUUCGCGAACUAGAACCCCUGACUAGGCGACGUAGGACCUUGGUUAGGCUGUAGACAUUGCGGGCUUGUCCGUUGGCACGAGCCGGAGUUUUUGUAACCGAACAGCCUAGAUUAAUUGUGUUAUUGUCUAUUUAUCGUGUCAAUCAUAAAAUAUGUGUGAAAUCGAGGAAGGGCGUGGAAUUUAAUUGUAGUAUCAUGGCCUACUGCCCUAAUCUGACCAGAACAAAUUCAUUUGAAAGUUCCUAGCGAUCGAAGCAACGUCUUCC